AUGGCCCCGAUUGAAGAACUCGAGCUCAAAUCGACCCUUGCACGCCUCCCACCUGCCCCUUCUUCCAACCUGCGAGAACAAGUCCAAACCCUCCUCCACGACCCGACCACCAAAGUGCCCAUCCUCGUAGCCCUCGAUGACGACCCUACCGGCACACAAACUUGCCACAAAAUCUCAGUCCUCACUGUCUGGGACAUACCGACUUUGAUCUCCGAGUUCCAGACCACCCGCCACGGCGGCGGCUUCUUCAUCCUCACCAACUCACGUGCGCUGCAUCCGGGUCCAGCCCGCGAGCUCAUCACCGAGAUAUGCACGAACCUCAAGUCUGCGAGUGCCGAGACAGGCACGCCUUUUGAGGUGGUGCUGCGCGGCGACUCGACGCUGCGCGGACACUUCCCCUUGGAGGCCGAGGCGACUGAGGAUGUGCUGGGCGUGGCGGACGCGUGGCUGUUGUGCCCGUUCUUCUUGCAGGGUGGGCGGUAUACGAUUGGGGAUGUGCACUACGUGGCCGAAGGGGGGACUUUGGUUCCUGCUGCGGCAACGCCGUUUGCGAAAGAUGCCUCGUUUGGUUAUAAGAGUUCCAAUUUGAGGGAGUACGUUGUGGAGAAGAGUAAGGGUAGUAUUCCGGCGGAAAGGAUUACGUCUUUGAGUUUAGAUACGAUCAGGACGGGAGGUACGGAUGCUGUCCUUUCGCAACUGAAAGGUGUCGCAAAGGGAACAGUGGUCGUGGUCAAUGCCGCUGCCGAAGAGGAUAUCGAUGUUGUUAUCUUGGCGUUGCUGAAAGCUGCGAAUGAGGGCAAGCGGUAUCUUUUCAGGACCGGUGCCGCAUUCGUUUCUUCCAGAUUGGGGAUAGCUCCCAUCUCGCCCAUUUCGGCCGAACAACUUAACUUACCUGGUGCCGUUGGUGGGCUGGUUAUCGCUGGCUCGUACGUGCCAAAGACCACUGCGCAGCUUGAGAAGCUGAGGACGAGAAGCGGAGACAAGCUCACUAGCGUCGUGAUAGACGUUCGCAAGCUGUUGGAUUCGGAAGAGCAGGCGACCAAUGAGAUGGCAAAGGCCAUUGAAGUGGCAGAAAAGCAGAUCACCCGCGGCCAGGACGUCCUUGUCAUGACCAGUCGUGAGCUAAUCACCGGUGACGACGAAGCUGAGAGUCUCGAUAUCGGCUCGACGAUCGCCAAGGCGCUCGUAUCCUUCCUGGUUGGAUUGACCACCAAACCACGCUAUGUGAUCGCGAAGGGCGGCAUUACGUCUUCCGACAUGGCAACAAAGGGGCUGAAGAUGAAGCGUGCCAUGAUCGUGGGACAAGCAGCUCCGGGAGUGCCAUUGUGGAGGUGUGAUGAGCCCUCGGCGAAGUGGCCGGGGCUGCCGUAUGUGGUGUUCCCGGGGAAUGUUGGUUCGGAUGAUACCUUAUAUGAGGUAAUUAGUGGGUGGAGAGUCUAA